CAGGAAGUAGAUGGUUAAUUACUAUUUUUUAUGAAACGCGCCAAAACCGGAACAAACUGCCUUUUCUAUUUUAGUAAUCUUAGGUUCAUAGGAUUCAUCUAUCUGUUAAAGCCUCACCAUGGCACAAAUGGAUGAUAUUCCCACAUUUAAGCUUGUCCUGGUUGGUGAUGGUGGUGUGGGUAAAACUACUUUUGUCAAACGGCACAAGACAGGAGAAUUUGAAAAAAAAUAUGUUGCAACGCUAGGAGUUGAAGUUCACCCAUUAGUUUUCCACACAAGUAGAGGCCCAAUCAAAUUUAACGUUUGGGACACAGCUGGUCAAGAGAAAUUUGGUGGUCUUCGUGAUGGUUACUACAUUCAAGGUCAGUGUGCUAUUAUUAUGUUUGAUGUCACAUCUCGAGUCACAUACAAAAAUGUUCCCAACUGGCACAGAGAUCUUGUCAGAGUUUGUGAAAAUAUUCCCAUUGUGUUAUGUGGUAACAAAGUGGAUAUCAAAGACAGGAAAGUCAAAGCUAAGACUAUUGUGUUUCACAGAAAGAAGAAUCUUCAGUACUAUGACAUAAGUGCCAAGAGUAAUUACAACUUUGAGAAACCUUUCCUUUGGUUGGCCAGAAAGUUGGUUGGUGAUCCAAAUCUAGAGUUUGUUGAAAUGCCUGCACUUAUCCCACCUGAAGUUCAGAUGGAUGCUGCACUAGCACGCAAAUAUGAGGACGAGUUGAGGGUGGCCCAGGAGACAGCUUUACCAGAUGAUGAAGAAGACCUUUAAGACAGAUAGAAUCUAGAACUUUCAAGGACUCCAUACUUGUUAGUUUUUGAAGUCUUUGGUUCCUCUUGCAGUGUUUGCUAUGGUCAUUGUUAGUUGUUUUUUUUUACAUUAUUUUUUAAAAUCAUUUUUGCAUUUCUUCUGAUAACUUUGUAACACAGUGGAAAGAAUUAGAUUGAAGGCAUUUAAUGUGUAAGAAGUUUGUUCCAUGCUGGAGGAAGAAUCACUUUUUUUUUUUUUUUGUACAUUAUUUUGUAAUGCUAUCUUAAGUUGAGCUUUGUAUCCAUGGCGAACCUGGCACUGCUUCACAUUGGUACAUAAUAUGGGAAUAGAGCUUCAUGUGUACAGUAAUGAAUUCUAUGAACUGUUGCAAGUCUAAUAAAAAUGUCUUGAAUCAUA